UCUUCUUUUUUUUUUUUUAAUUCUUAAAAAAGGAAAUAAUAAAGAAAAGAUAAUAAAGUUAAAUACAAAAGUAUGGUCAAGUCCGACACUUUGUCUGAUCAAAAAGACAUUGGAAGGAAAACACCAUCUACAUUAACGCCACAAAAUGAAGCCUCAUUGACAGCCAUUCCACAAAUUAUUUUAACUAAACCUACUACAUCAGAAUAUGAAUUAUCAAUUAUAAAUAAUGACAACAAUAAUUGUUCUAAUUCUCUUUCACCCCCUAAAAUUAGUCCUCCCUCACAACUACCAUCAUUACCAUCUCCUCAGCCUUUACCUCUUACAAAAGAUUUAUUACGACGAAAAAAUAAACUAGAUCGGUUUCUAUUUCAGAAAGAAAAGUAUCAUUAUUCUGCUAAAGGAUUUUCAACUAGUACCGCCAUUGAUGAAAGAGUCACUGCAGGAUUGGGUAUAUCUACGCCAAAUAAUAAUCGUUAUAGAGAAAGCAAUAUAUCAUCUUUAGGCUUGCGAUCACGUCGAUUCAGCUCGUCUCGUUUAUCUUCCUCAAAUCAAAGUGAACCAGAGAAGUCAAUAUUAGCCUUUAGCCCCUCCUCUAAUCAACAUAGCGAAUGGAGUUAUGAUUUAGAUGGAUAUAAAUCAACCACUUCUUGUUCAUCAAAGGGACAUCAUAGACAUAGUCACCCAUAUUCGAGAACUUCUUUUAGUGGAUCAUCUAUUCAACAUAACAUCUCUAUAAAACCAUAUCAUGCUACAACUACAGCUGCUAUAACUGCUCAACAUCGAUAUAUGGAUACACAUACUGACAAUCAUUAUUAUCGUCAUCAGCAGCAUUUAAAAUAUUCAAGUCAAGAAAUACAUAAAAAUCAAAAUGAAUCUUAUUUUUUAGAUCUAAUAUACCAAGCCGUUAUACGUGUUGUCAAUUCAAGAGCACCUGAAUCAAAAGAGAUAGCUGAUAAAGAACUAUUUAAUUUCAAUUCUAUAUCAUCAUCACUAUACAAUAAUAAUAAUAUAAAUAAUCAAGUAAUAACUGUAGAAGAUCAUACCCAAAUUCAGCCUUUAUCUACUAAUAUAAACGAAUCUAAUGAAAAACAUACUGUAGAACUAUCUCCACCUAAUAAUGGGAACAGAUUAUCUUUUUUAUCUUCUACAACAAAUACAAGCUUAGAUUUUGAUUAUGCAUUAUCUCCAGCAACAACAACAACAACAACAACAACAGCAGCAGCAGCAGCAGUAGCAGUAGCAGCAACAGCAACAGCAACAGCAACAGCAGCAGUAACAGCAGAAGCAGCAACUAAUUCUCCCAAUAAUAAUAUUUCAGAGAAGGAGAUAUUACAUAAUGAAGUUCAAAAAACUGUAUUAAAAGAAAAUAAAAAUAGCCCAUUGCAAGGUUAUUCACUUUUCAUCUUUGGCCCCAAUAAUCCAAUUCGUAUUAUGCUUUGGAGAUUCGUUCGACAAAGAAAUGUCGAAGUUUUCAUUUGUUUCUUAAUGAUUUUACAUUGGUUUUUACUUGCAUGUGUACCUAUUACGUCAAAUGAACAAAAAUCUGUAUUUGGAGGACAAUGGACUCAUUAUCCAAUAUUAUGCAUACAAUGCUUUUAUAGGGAAAAGAAAUUCAAUUGUUUCUUUAAAGGAGGAAAAAAGUAACAAUAGGAUAAUAGAGGAUGAUAAAGUUUCAAAUAUUGACGAAGACAAGAAAAUAGUGGAUGUUAAACGAAAUCAUUGUGCUUACUUGAAUAGUUUUGGAAACUGUUUCGAUACGAUUUCUAUUAUCUCUUACUGGAUAGACUUUACUUUAAUGAUAUACCGAUACCCAUAUUUAUCUUUAUUUAAAUCAUUAGGUGCUAUUAGGCCAAUUCGACUA